AUGAACCACUUGGGAGAUGAAAAUAUUUCUUAUCAUGAUGUGUUUGAUAAUGGAGCUGCCACCCACGUGGUCACUGCUGUGCUCUAUGGGGCUCAGGCUUUCUUUGUGUUUGAUCGGAAAAGUUCCAUGGAUAAAAAUAUCAAGGAUAUAGAAGGAAUAUUGAAGGCUAACGUAGAAAAGAUUCCCAAAAUAUCAGGAAAAGUUUUGGGAGAGGUAAAAAUGGAGGACAGUCAAAUAAUAUCAACUAAGGAAUUCAGGUGUAAAUUUUAUGGGGAUUUUGUUCUUGAGACCAAUCCAUUGACUUAUGAAGAUGCAGUAGAGGUCUAUGCUUCCCUUCCUAAGCUGCUUAAGGGCCGUGGGGUGCCCCUCCAAGUCUGGCUGUACCCUUUGGAGAAGUUGAGCUGCAAGGCUGCCAGGCUGGUUCAAGGGAUCAGCAUGAAGUUGGUAUGGGAAGCCCAGGACACUCUGGAAAAAUUAUGUGAGUGUGACAAGAGGUGCAAUGACAUGCUGGAGGCACCAGAUCUUUCAGUCUUUUCUGCAACUAAGGAAAAGAUCAGGCUUUUCCAAGAACUAAACAGGCUGCACAGACAGCUUUUACAGAAGGAAAUAGCCAAGGUACUACCCCUGAUCCGGGCGGGCAGAGCAGAGGAAGAUGAGCUAACCAGUAUUUUAUCUAGGGAAAGCCAGUCCCCAUUCAGUACCAGGAGACUCUCAGAAUUCCUAGCUGAGAAGGUCUUUGAGAUGAAGGUGAUACAGUCCUACCUCACCCUUCUGAAGGAGGUGCAGGUCGUAGCUGAUCAGAAUGAAUUGGAUAAGGUGGUAUUAGGCUCUCCCCACAGAUUUGUCCUGGUGUUUGCAUUCACCUCCUUGCAGGAGGAAUCCUACUUAGCAGAUUGGAAACAGUGGCUUUGGAAUCAAGCACCAUUAAAUCCUGACGGUGAGCAAAAGCCAUAUUCCUCUUGGGUCAAGGACACAGAGACAAGGAGAAAAGCCAUACAAUUGGCAGAAUCCUUUUCAGCAUUUGCCAGGGCCAAUCAUUCCACUGAGAAGACUCGGUUCAUUGUGGCAUCUGUCCCAGGCCAGGAGAAGCAGGGGGUCUCCAUUUAUCUCUAUGAAAAAGGACUGCAGGUCAGCUCCAACUUUGAGCUGCCACUCAAACCUCCUCCUCCCCAGAUAGUUGAGAUCACACAAGACAGUGUUGAGAUCAUACUGACCCCAGCAAGUGGGAGGGAGGAGAAGAUCACUGGCUAUCAGAUAGAGUACCAGGUUGUAGGCAAAGAAGCCUGGACUGUCAUCCCUGUGUCUGGAAAGCCAGAGGUCUUCAAAGUGAGUGGCCUUGAGCCUAGCACAGAGUAUUUGUUCAAAUUUGCUGAGGUUUGUGAGCUGGGACUCAGUGAGAGCAGUGAUGUAAGCAUUACUGUGAGGACACGUCCUCCCACCUGCCCUCCUGGGAAGCCAAAAGUUGUCUUCAUGAGACCAGAGUAUGUAGUCCUAGACUGGCAGAGUCCAGAUUUUUGUGGAGUACACGACAAGAUCAAGGAAUAUAAAAUAGAGUAUAAAGAGGAAACUGAAGCUGUAGAUGAAGAGGGGCAAGGAAAAUGGUACGAACACAGAACAGGAUAUAAUGUGAAUUGUUGGGACAUUAAUGGAUUGACUCCUGGGACUGUGUACAGAUUCCGAGUUUCUGCUGUGUAUGAUGGUGGCUGGACUGGUUACAGCAGUGAAAGGAGUGACCCAGUGAGGACCCCCUUUACUACAGAUGAAGCUUUAAUCUUUGAGCCAACUAACAAGAUCCAGAAGCUGCAGAUGGAGCCAGAAGUGGCCUCUGGAUCCUCAGAAAUAAGAAUUCUCCUUCUGGGAAAACAUGGUUCAGGGAAGAGUGCAACAGGAAACAGCCUUCUGGGGAAGCAAGUAUUUGUAUCCAAAUAUAGUGAAGAGCCUGUGACCAAAACUUCCAAGAAAGAAAGUGGAAUUGUGGGGAAAAGGAAAAUUGUGGUCAUUGAUACCCCUGAUUUGUUUUCCUCAAGAAUCUCUGUUAGAUAUAGGGAACGAGAGAUCAGGCAUUGCAUGACCCUUUGUUUCCCUGGCCCCCAUAUCCUGCUCUUGGUGACCCCUCUUGGCUAUCAGACAGUGGAAGAUAAGGAGAUAGUGAAGGGUAUUCAGAAGAUAUUUGGAGCUGAAACCACAAGGCACAUGUUACUUCUCUUCACAAGGAAAGAAAGUCUGGAAGAUGAGGCACUUCCAGAGUAUAUUAAAGAAACUGAUAAUGAAUACCUCAAGGAACUGGUUCAUAACUGUGGGAGUCAGUACUGUGCUUUCAACAACAAAAUCAGUGGAGAAGAACAGGAUAUUCAGGUUAGGAAUCUCCUUGAACAGAUGGAUUGGUUAAUGCAGAAGAAUGAUGGAUUUUAUGUACGCUUCAAUGCAAGUAUAGGAAAGAAAGAAAAUACUAUAAAUUCCAAAGCAGAUAUGUUACCAAAACCAUCAAGUGCCCAAGAGUCCCAGGGAUUGGUGAAUAUAGUCAAGACCUAUCAAAAGGAAGCUAAUGUGUCGGGGUUUGGACACAUGACAGAGCCCAAGCAAUACAAUGAGAUACAAGAAUUGAGAAUUCUUCUUGUAGGAAAACAUGGCUCAGGGAAGAGUGCUGCAGGAAACAGCAUCCUGGGCAGGUGUGUGUUUGAGUGCAGACUCAGCGAACAGCCCAUGACCCAAGUGUGCAGGACAGAGCAGCGGAUCUGGAAACAACGAAAAGUUGUGCUCAUUGACACUCCAGAUAUUUUUUCCCAAACAGAUCCCCAGAAAGAGCUCCACCAUCUCUCCACUCUAUGCUCCCCAGGCCUGCAUGCCCUCCUCCUGGUGAUCUCACUGGGCUCUUACACAGAGGAAGAUGAAAGAGUGGUGGGGAACAUCAAGAAAGUUUUUGGAGAAGAGGCUCUUAGGAGACAUGUGAUCCUCUUGUUUACCCGGAAAGAAGACUUGGCAGGCAAAGACCUGAUGGAAUUCAUAUCGAACACAAAUAAAUCUCUUCAGAAUCUCAUUAGGAACUAUGGUUUUCAGUACUAUGCUUUCAAUUACCGAGUCACAGGACAGGAGGAACGACUCCAAGUGAAUGGACUUCUGGAGAAGAUUGACAAAAUGGUGUAUGACAAUGGAGGCCAGUUUUGUAUCUUUAUGAAACCUGCUAUUAGAUCUGAUCCAAUGAUGCCAAAAGAGCUGAGACUCAUCCUGGUAGGGAAGACAGGAAGUGGGAAGAGUGCCACUGGAAAUAGCAUCCUUGGCAAGAAAGUCUUUGAGUCAAAGCUCAGUUCCAGGCCAGUGACCAAGAGCUGCCAAAGAGCGAGUAGAGAAUGGGAUGGAAGGACACUUGUUGUCAUCGACACCCCAGAUAUCUUUUCCUCCAAAGUCCAAACAAAUGAAGAUCUGGAGAUCUGUCGCAGCAUGGUGCUCUCGUCGCCAGGACCUCAUGCCCUGCUUCUGGUGAUCCAGGUGGGCCGGUACACCAGUGAGGACAAGGAGACCCUCAGGCGCAUCCAGGAGAUAUUUGGAGUUGGAAUCCUGUCUCACACCAUCCUUGUCUUCACCAGGAAAGAAGACUUGAGGAAGGGAACCCUGAAAGAAUAUUUAAAUGAUACAGAGAACAAAAGCUUCUUCUGGCUGGCUAGAGUUUAUAAAGGAUUUCACUGUGGUUUCAACAAUAAAGUUGAAGGAGAGGGACAGGAAGCCCAACUAAAGGAACUGAUGGGGAUGGUAGAAGGGGUUCUUAGGAAAAAUGACUGGUGCUGCUACUCAAAUGUGAUGUAUACCUACAUCCAGGAAAAUAUUAAGCAGCUAAAAGAGGAGUUGGGAGAAGAGCCAACAGGCCAGGGACAGAAUUCUAAGGGAGCUUUCUGUAAGGAGAAUAUGGCAUCAGAGGAGUCAAAUCAGACCCGCUCUGCUCUAGAAAAUUUGAAGAAUAUUCAGAGGAAAUAUGAGCAGCAUCAAAAAUCAGUGCUGGACAAGGAGCCUUAGACCUCUUGGGUGGGUAGGAAUUUAUUCUGGCAACAUUUCUCUAAUAGGAUCCCCAGAAUGCCUUUUUAUAAUCCAAAAACCAUUUCCAGUUGGCUGAAUCCAAGCACUGUGAUAGAGAGGAAAGAACUGAGAGCCAGGAAUCUGUGUAGAAGAAAGGUCAGGGAGGUGUCAUUAGCCAGAGGAUCACUUCAUGGCAAGUAUCCUAGACUAAACAACCCCAUCCCAUGAGAUGUGUUCAGUAUUAUACUUUCCAAUGAACUUUUCUAUUCAUAAUCUUAUCUUCUUCUUUCUACAACCCUGUUGGUGAAGUUGGUGAAAGGAUUCACAGGUAGAACGGGAUGUUAGAAAUAAUCCAAUCCCUUCAUUUUUCAGAGUACAAUCCGAAAGACUCAACUGCUCAUUGUAGUUCUGCCACUGACUAAUUCUAUGGCCUAAACAAGUCAGUCCAUCUGGUAUGACUAUUUUAUUUAACAAGUGAGAAAACAAAUCUGGUCCCUUCCUGCUGUCAUUUCCCAUGGUGUCAAGCCAUUGGAAAUAGUCUGCAGAAGGCUCUGACCCUUCCCCUACCUCCCUCUCCUAGCUCUAUUUUAGGUGGAAAAAAUUAUAAUUACUAUAGGUUCCUCCCUUCUAAAGCUGAGAUUCUAUGAACUUCAUUUUAUAGAUGAUGAAACUGAAGUUUAAUGAAAAACAAAGAGUCAAUUGGGAAAGAAAUCGAAUUUAUCCUUGAGGAAAGUAGGAGGGAAUAGGCCUAUGAGAAUAGGGACAGGGUAUAUUGGGGGAGAGGGUGGUCAGAAGUAAAACACUUUUGGGGAGGGAUAGGGUCAAAGGAGAGAGAGAAUAUAGUGAUCCAAGACAACUCUGAAGGAUUUAUGCUGAAAAAUGCUAUGUAGGCUAAGAGAAAGAACAGAUUGUCUGACUACUGUAGAGUGAAACAUACUUUUUUUUUUUAUUAAACUUUAUUUUACUUGUUUUUUUUGGGGAAAAUUUGUUUUCUUUCAUAAUAUGACUUUUAUAGAAAUGUUUUGCAUAACUUUACAUGUGACUUUUCAAUGUGGGGGUGGGAGAGAGAGAGAGUAUCUGGAACUUAGAGUUUUAAAAACAAAUAUUAAAAAUUGUUUUAUAUAUACCAGGGGAAAAUUAAAUAUUAAAUGAACCUUACCAUAGAGAUUUUUUUCAUCUCUUUUCAUCUUCCUUCUUCUCAUGUUUACCUGAAACAGUCACAGAAACAAUAGAGUUUAAACACAUAGUAGAAACUUUGGGUGGAAUCAUCCCUUUUGGUAUUAUGAAUAUGGACAGAAAUUGGACAGGACAGAGACAAUGAAUACAGACAGUAAAUUAUGAUUGUUUCAUGGACUGAGGUCAUAGUGAAUAAAAGGAAGUUUACUGGAAUCAGGGUUAGGAGAUUAUUUCUAAACUUCUGGGACCUUGAGGAAAUCAGGCUAUAUGCCUGAGCCUCAGUUUCCUCAUAUAUGAAGCUGGAUUAAAUAAUAUCUAAGACUCUUUUCAGCUCUAAGAUUCUCUGUUCCAUCAAAGGUUGUCUAAAGUUCAAUCACAAUUCAUUCAUGUUUUUGGUGCAAAAAUACCUUUUUUAAAAAUAAAAAUGCCCAGUAUGGCUAAUCCAUUAAUGUAUAAUAACAAAUAGAUGUGUGUUCAAGUCCUAGAGAAGGCAAUUAUAAAUCAUGUGAUACAAAAUGAGUAGCUUAACUUCCCCAGAGUCUGUACAUCUGUAAAAUAGAAGAGUUUGUUAAAGGUAAUAGGGAGCCACUAAAGAUGUUUGCAUAUGGAUAUAAUGGCAUGAGAUUAGUAGGACUAUCAAUUACAUAGUUGUAUGCAAAAUUGAAUGGAAGUUUUGUUACUUUUGAAGGGAAUUCAGGGAUAAUACAGUAAGGAGAAAGAUUUUUAGUUUUGGGGAAGUUUUAGAUCCAAGGCCAGUCUUGUCCUUGGUCUCAUUCUUGUUUCAUAAAAUUGUAUCCCUGGCCUUCAGCUUCUGAAUCACUAAUACCCAGGUAUCCUUUAGAAUGCAUAGAACUAUAAUUAUCCUCUAGAAAGUGUGUAGUCACUUAAACAAUAGCUGUAAUGGAAAAGUGUAUUGAUUCUUUGAUUUCAGUCAGUUGGUGGCCUUUCUCUAUCAAGGUGUUGUGACCUCUGCUUCCAGAACUUUUCUUUAUCAAAAUGGAAUAAUUUUGACUCCUUUUGUAUUUCACAUUAGGCUUUCCAUAAGCUCCCACUUUUAACAAUGUCGACUACUUUUUUUAUACAUCCUAUGCCCCAUGUAUAAUAAGUUGUUUUAGACUUAAUUUGAAUUAUAUUUUCUAAGUUAUUCCAUUCUUUGCAGAUCUGGACUCAUUCUCAACCCAUCUAACUCUUUGUAACAACUAUUUUGGCCUAAGACACUAUUUAUGUGACCCUGGAAAAAUCACAUAAUUUUAAUUAUUCUCAAUUUUCUCAACAGAAAAAUUGGGAUAAAAAUUCAUCUCCCAAGGUUGUUGUGAAGAUCAAAACAGAUAAUACUUGUAAAGCUCAAAGCCCUUAGCACAGUGCCUGACUCAGGUACUGAGAAAUGCUAAUCUCCUUCACCCCUUUUUGCCUUUCUUUGUAUCCCUACUAUUUAGUAUACUGCCCAGUGUAUAGUAAAUAAUAAAUGCUUGUUUAACUGA